UUACAGCACUUAUUGCUGCAUGAAGAGAGAUAAAAAAGGGAUUAAAGAAAAACCGGUCAAAUGGAUAAAUAGAAUGCCCGAUGGCAAGUCUGUUUUACUUGGAACACAAAUAGGCGAGUUGAAGGAAUACAACUUAAUAACUGGACAGGAAGAGGCGACUUAUCUCUGUAGCGCAGACAGAGCAAUUUCCAUGUGCCAAUGUUCAAAAGACCGCGAACUUUUAUUGACGUCAUCUUCGUCUGCUUUGCCUCCCUGUGCUCUUUGGUCAUUUGGAGACGUUUUCGAAAUGAAAGCUACAACUUUUACAGAAGACACUUAGACAAACUAAUUUCAU